AGGGAGUGCUGGAGGCGAAGCGGGGACCGUCGGCGGCGGCUGAGGAGGGCUCCCCGGCCGGGCUGGUCCUUUCCCCGCCAUGAGCAACAUCUACAUCCAGGAGCCGCCCACUAACGGGAAGGUUUUGCUGAGAACUACAGCAGGAGAGAUAGAUAUAGAAUUGUGGUCAAAAGAAGCACCAAAAGCAUGCAGAAAUUUCAUCCAGCUAUGUAUGGAAGAGUAUUACAAUAACACAAUAUUUCACAGAGUAGUGCCUGGCUUUAUUGUGCAAGGGGGUGACCCCACUGGUACUGGAUCAGGAGGAGAGUCAGUCUAUGGAGCUCCUUUCAAGGAUGAGUUCCACUCACGAUUGCGAUUUAAUCGAAGAGGACUUGUUGCCAUGGCAAAUGCUGGGCCCCAUGAUAAUGGCAGUCAAUUCUUCUUUACAUUGGGUCGUGCAGAUGAACUUAACAACAAGCACACAAUCUUUGGAAAGGUUACAGGGGAUACAAUAUAUAAUAUGUUGCGCCUGGCUGAAGUGGAAGUUGACAAGGAAGAGAGACCUCUCAGUCCACACAAAAUAAGAAGUAGUGAGGUUUUGUUUAAUCCUUUUGAUGACAUUGUCCCAAGACCAAACAGAAAACUGAAGAAGGACAAACCAGAAGAAGAAACUAAAAAGUCCAAAGUAAAAGGCACAAAAAACUUUAACUUACUUUCCUUUGGAGAAGAAGCUGAAGAAGAAGAGGAGGAAGUCAGUAGAGUUAGUCAGAGCAUGAAGGGAAAAAGUAAAAGUAGUCAUGAUCUCCUGAAGGAUGAUCCACAUCUAAGCUCAGUUCCUGCUGUGAAAAGUUAUAGAGGAGAACAUGAUGAAGAUGCUGAUAGUGCAGAAGAUGAAGCUGCUAGUGAUGAGAGAUUUCAAAUAAAAGAACGCAUUGCCAAGAAAUUGAAAAUGGAUACAAGUGAAAAUACUAAACAGCAACUUCAAGAGGAGGAAACCAAGACAGAAAGGAAAACAACUAGUCGCAGUGAGGAGCUACGGAAGGAAGCCCGACAGCUGAAACGAGAACUGCUUGAAGCAAAGCACAAAAAAGAAGAAAGAGCUUUAAGACCCAAAGAGAAAGAAGAGGAGGAACCUGCUCCAAACAGUGUUGUUGAAGAAUACCUUCAGGAGAAGAGAAAAUAUGAAGACAAGCGAAAGCAGCAGCCAAAGAAAGGAGUUUCCCGUGAAGAUCAGACACUGGCAUUGUUGGACCGAUUUAAAACAAAGUUAACCCAGGCGAUUGAAGAAACUCCUGAAAAUGAGCUUUCCGAACCUGAUGUAGAUAAUGAUGAAGGAUGGAUGUCACAUGUCCUUCAGUUUGAAGACAGAAGCAGAAAGGUGAAAGAUGCAAGCAUGCAGGAUGAAGACACUUUUGAAAUCUAUGAUCCACGGAAUCCUGUAACUAAGAGGAGAAGGGAAGAAAGCAAGAAGAUAAUGAGAGAAAAAAAGGAAAGGAGAUAAAAGGAGUGUAAAGCUAGCCAGAGCUGCUUUGGAAAGUGACUGAAAUAAAGCACUGGCUCUUUUGUAAGUUGAUCCUAAAAAUAC